CGGCUGAGGCGGGCAGGGAGGCAGGCGGGGAGGGGAAGAUGGCGGCGGCGGGGCGCGGGCUGCUGGCGGCGGGGCUGUUCCGCGGGCGGGUCGCCAUCGUCACCGGCGGCGGCACCGGCAUCGGCAAGGCCAUCGCCGCCGACCUGCUGGCGCUAGGUUGCAGUGUUGUUAUUGCCUCUCGUAAAUUUGACCGAUUAAAAGCUGCUGCAGAAGAACUGAAUGAUAGAUUUGCUUCCAUGAGUCCUGCCCAAGUGACUCCCAUGGAGUGCAACAUCCGCAAAGAAGAAGAGGUAGAAGCUUUGGUGAAGUCUACGCUGAGUCUCUAUGGGAAGAUUGACUUUCUGGUGAAUAAUGGAGGGGGGCAGUUUGCAAGUCCUUCUGAAGCCAUCCGUGCAAAAGGCUGGAAUGCUGUGAUAGACACCAAUCUGACAGGGACCUUCUAUUGUUGCAAAGCAGUGUACAAUGCCUGGAUGCAGGAACAUGGAGGAGCCAUUGUCAACAUUACUGCUGCCGUGAGAAAUGGCUUUCCUGGAAUGUCGCACUCAGGAGCUGCAAGAGCUGCAGUGAAUAACCUGACCAAGACUUUAGCUUUAGAAUGGGCACACAGUGGAGUAAGAAUCAACAGCGUUGCUCCUGGACUGGUAUUUUCAGAAACUGCUGUUGCAAACUAUGGAGAACAAGGUGUAAUGAUGUGGUUAAGGAGCAUACCAAAGGUUCCUGCCAAGAGGUCGGCUGUUCCUGAGGAGAUCUCUCCUGCAGUGUGUUUCCUGCUGUCUCCAGCUGCAUCAUUCAUAACUGGGAUAACCAUGGUCGUGGAUGGUGGCCAGAGUUUGUACAGCCAUAGCCUAGAAAUACCUGAUCAUGACAGAUGGCCCUCACCACCAGAAGGAAAAAAUUCUGAAAUGUUGAAAAAGCUUCUUUCUGGCGAGUUCAAACCAAAGCUGUAAAAGAAAGAGAUUUUACCCUGGUCCUGAUUGCAGCCUUUCUGAUAAUCUCACUUUGUGAUUUGGCCUUAUUAUUCUCAGUAAAUUUUCUUUUUUGCUCAUAUGUAACUACAUUAAGUGCCUUGAUUUUUGUUGGUUUAUAUUUAAAACUUUUGAAAGGCUUUACAUGGUACAGCACUUCUCUGAAAACAGUCUUUUGGGAAGGGAAAAGAUAUAAAAGACAAAUUAUCCAUUUGCACAGGCAUUAAGUAAUGAAGAAUACCAGCCACAAGUAAAUAAAAAGAAUACUUAUUUUGCAGUGAAGGUAUCCAAGAGGGAAUGUUUAGAAAUCCUUCUGUUCUUGAUGAAUUUAUUGAGAAGGUAAUUUAAAUCUUUUACUCUUUGUUGUAUCAGUAACUCUUGGGUAAGUGUUACCUCUACAAUUUCUGUUCAGCCUCAUACUGAGUGUUCAACAAUGGUUUUAAAGACCAAGUAGAGUAAGUAUUUCUCUGAAAAUAAAUAAAAAUAAGAUGGAAUACUGUUAUUAAUGUUUCAAACUAAUAUGGCAUUUCAUAUUUGGAAUGUUUUGAAUUGUUUGCAGAUAUAAUGACAUAAUGGAGUUAAGUUGGGUGCAACUUAAAUUUGAUAACAGAAUAAGCAGGUAAUAAAUACAGUGAUGGAAAACAUCUAUUGAUACACAAAUCUGUGUACACAAAACAGAUACACAAAUCUGUGGUGUAUAUUGCAGUGCUCUCUGCAGUAUGCUACACUAGUAAAGGAGAAAUUUGGAAUUCUUCAUUUACCAGCUAAAACACCUUUUAUCCAUACUGUGUUGUCUUACAAUGUUAACAGAAUUUUGUUCAUUACUGUCUUUGGGUGCAGUUUCUGUGAACACUGUAGACAUGCCAUUUAAAAAUGGGAAGUCUUGUAAUACAUCACUUGAAGAGGCCAUAUUUGUGAAUUUUUCAUUCACUUUAAGGCAAACGUUCCCAUGUCUGCUACCUGUAGUGAAAAUAUAAAAAAUAAGUAAUGACUGUGUUUGUUCACUGUAAACACUGAAAUUCCUCCAAUCAAGUUGCUGCUAUAGAAGGGAACUUUUAAUGCUUAAUUUUGGACUGAAUGUAAGAAUCUGAUGGUUGUUUGUUCUCUGCAAAGAUGUUUGACUUUUGUGUCUUUCAGUAAAAUAUGUGUUCUUAUAUAGGCACAUGUAGAUUGCUUUUUCAUGAAAAUGAAAUUAAUGCCAGUUUUGAGGGGGGAAGAGGCGUUUGAGCCAUCAUGUUCUUUCUGCUUUAUCCUCUUUCCUUACUAACUGGACAGUCAUUUAUGUGAUUGUGAGAAAUUGAUACAGAGAUAAAGCCAACUUUUUAUCAAA